UCACCACCUCUGAGUGAAAAACUUCCUCUUAAACCCCCAGCCUGAGGCCCCAACACCUUUUCCCAUCCCACCUUAGGACCCACCCAUGUUUUGGGGGUGCCUGCCCCCCAGAGGUGCCAUUUGAGCAGAUGGUAAAUCUGCCUGAACUGCUUGCUCCAGGCUGAAGGUUUCAUUGCCACUGAGCACCAGGGCUGUGCCACGUGUAUGUACCGUGGCUCCAUGGAGAGGCUGGUUAGCUUAGGAUUAGUGUUAGGAACCUUCUCAUCCCAGUGUGGGGUUUGGGGCUGGGUGUGAUGUAGUUGAGCUGAUCGCUUUCACCUCACUGCUCUUUUAGGAUGAGAAGGAAUGGCCUCAAGUUGCACCAGGGAAGGUUCGGGUUGGAUCCUAGGGAAAACUCAGAAAGAGCAGUGCUGCAGUGGCACAGCCUGCUCAGGGAGGUGGUGCAGUCACCGUCCCUGGAGGUGUUCCAGAGCCGUGUGGAUGUGGCACGGAGGGACGUGGUCAGUGGGCAUGGUGGGACAGGCUGGCGGUUGGGCUGGGUGAUCUUCAUGGUCUUUUCUAGUCUUCAUGGUUCUAUGAUCUUGAUGCGCUGCACUGUGCACUCGAGUACUAAGCAAGGAACAAGCAGGUGCCUGAGGUGCCUCAUUCACAUGACGGAUGGAAAGAGUGGGCCGGCUGCACGCACCCGCUCCCCGAGCAGCCCCACAUCUCCUUCCUGGACAGCCUCACGGCGCUUCGGACCGCGGGCAGCGCCGGCGCUGCCGUUCCCGUUCCCGGCGGAACGGUGGGGGCGGCCCGGCGGCGGCGGGGGCGGUGCGUGCGGCUCCGGCUGAUAUAAGCGCGGCGCGGCGGGGCCCGGCGCCGGUGCUGUUGCUGCCGGUAGCGUCCGUUUCUCCAUCUGCUGCCAGUCCCUCCGUCCGUGCGUCCGUCCAUCCAUCCAUCCAUCCUUCCAUCCAUCCUUCCUUCCAUCUCUCCCUUCCUCCCUCCCUCCGUCCCCGUUUUGUUUUCUCGCCGUCCGCGGGCUCGGGCCCCCCACGCCGCUGCCACCCUGAAGUUUCUGGCGGUGCUGCUGGCGGCGGGCAUGCUGGCUUUCCUGGGGGCCAUCAUCUGCAUCAUCGCCAGCGUCCACCCGGCGGGCACCGCCGCCCCCGCCGCUCCCACCGCCGCCGACAAUGACUCGGCCGCCGCCGCGCUGCUCCCCGCCGCCGACAAGGGGUUGGGAGCGCUGCACGGCCCCGCCGAGGCUCUGGCCAGCGCCGGGCCUCGCCUCACGGGCUCGACGCCGCUGUUCAGCCGCUUCGUCUGCACUCCGCUGAGCGCCGAGUGCCCCGCGGCCGCCCCCGGCCCCGCCGCCGCCGGCCCCGAAGAGCUGCUGGCGCUGCGCAGCGCCGCGGCACAGCUGCGCCGCACGGCGCUGGAGCAGAAGGAGCGCAUCCGCAUGGACCAGGAGACCAUCCGCGAGCUGACGGGCAAGCUGAGCCGCUGCGAGGGCGGCCUCCACGCCGCUCCCCCCGCUGCCGGGCUCCGCGCCGCCCCCCGGCCCGGCACCAUGGGGCACCCCCCCGCCGAGCCGCCCGCCGUGCGAGAGCUGGAGGACGCCGUCCGCGCCCUGCAGGAGCGCAUCGACCGGAUCGAGCAGGAGCUGCCAUCCCGCCCCAACGGGUCAGCGCCCACCGCCCCAGCGCUCGCCCGCGAUGCACUGCACAGCAAGAUGGAGCAGCUGGAGGAGCAGCUCCUGGCCAAGAUCCUUGCCCUGCAGAAGGAGAGGCACGCCGCCAACACGGACCGCAGCCAGCAGCAGCACGACAUCGAGAAGGAGCUCAGUGCCCUGCAGAACCGAGUGGCGGAGCUGGAGCAUGGAGCUCCAAGCUACAGCCCUCCUGAUGCCUUCAAGGUGACUAUCCCGGUGCAGAACAAUUACAUGUACGCCCGCAUGAAGAAGAGCCUGCCGGAGCUCUAUGCCUUCACCAUCUGCAUGUGGCUGAAGUCCAAGGCCUUGUCAGGGCUCGGCACCCCUUUCUCCUACUCUGUCCCCACCCAAGCCAACGAGAUCGUGCUGCUUGAGUGGGGCAGCAACCCCCUGGAGCUGCUCAUCAAUGACAAGGUUGCCCAGCUGCCGCUGAGCCUGAAGGACAAAGCCUGGCACCACGUCUGUGUGGCAUGGACCACUCGUGAUGGCAAGUGGUCGGCGUAUCAGGACGGUGAGCAGCGGGGCUCCGGUGAGAACCUGGCUUCCUGGCACGCCAUCAAGCCACAGGGCGUCAUCAUCCUGGGCCAGGAGCAGGACACUCUGGGCGGCCGCUUCGAUGCCACGCAGGCCUUUGUGGGGGAGCUGGCCCAUUUUGCUGUUUGGGACCACAUGCUGGCUCCAGCGGAGAUCCUGGCCUUGGCCAACUGUACCUCGCACCUUCAAGGCAACGUCAUCCAGUGGGACGACCAGGCUGUCGAGGUCUUUGGAGGGGCCAGCAAGGCAGCCUUCACUGCCUGCGACGAGGGGAGGAAGGCAUGAACGACACUCUCAGCUCCAGGCUGCCCUUCCAACCCUCCCAGAUCAACGAGACCCUCUCACCACCACCACCACCCUGUGAUGGGGCGAUGUUCGAGGCCUUCAGGGGAGGUCCCACAGCAGCCCCUCGCUCCUCCUGCCUCUCACCUUGCCCUGUUUUGUUUUGGGCCCCGGGCACUGGGGAUAUGGGGGGGCUGGGAGUGGGACAUCCCCUACACUUCUUUAUUUUCAUCGCCCUGACGUCUGGUUUUGUGAGCCUGCUCCCUCCGAGCCCUUCUUCUCCAUCAGUCAUUCUCCAGAAUCGUCCUCCCCCCAUAGGAUGAAAAAAGUCCUGUGAGUGGGAUCUAUUUCUUUUAUUUUAAGCCUUCCCUGUGCCACAUAAGGCAGGGAAAGAGGGUCAGAGACUCAUCCUCAUGCACCCAGCCCUGGUCAGGGUGGAGGAAAUGAAGCAAAAGUGAGGAAAAGGGGCACGGGGAGAGGUGUGCCCCAUUGCCCCCCAGCCUUUUGGGGCUGAGCUACUUGCAGGGGUGCUGGCCUCACCCGUGCCUCGGCCCCUGCUUUGAGCUGGCUGGGGAUGCUGGUGGCCUCGGAGAGUGCCUGAGGAUGUGAUGUUUCCUUGCUGGUGUCUCAGUAUGUCUAUGCCAGGGUUUUUUUUUGGGGGGGGUCUCACGGUGUGAUGUCCAGCUUCCAGCACUCCUCCAAGCCCAGCAUGUCCCACUUUGCACCUCCUGCCCAGGGACCAGGGGGCAGAGGGGACAACCCACCAGGGUGGGGGGGAUGCAGUGGGGAUGCAGUGCAGCCUCUGUGCCGAGUGGGAAACACUGUGAUCUUCAUGCCACCCCUCCCACCCCCCCCCAGUCGCUCGCUUGUGCGUGGCCGUGUCGUGUUGGGACGUUUCUUUUGUAACGCUGGCUGUGGG